UAUUUAUUCUUCUUCACUGGUUUAGAUGAAGUUUUUCGGGCUGCUCCUAGUGGCCGCUGGUGCGAUGUCCGUGGCCGACGGAGCCAACAUCCUGGGCGUGUUCCCGAUCAAUGGCCGCAGCCACUGGGCCGUGUAUGAGAGCGUGAUGAAAGCGCUUGCGGCCCGUGGCCACAACGUGACUGUCAUCUCGGCAUACUCGGAGAAGACGCCGUUGCCCAACUACACUGUUAUCGACGUGUCCAAAACGUUCCCGUCCGCGGUAAACCAGAUUGGCAUCGACAUAGUGCUCAACUACUUGUCCAGCGUGUUUAUGAACCAGUGGUUUAUCGCCGACCACCAGAUGAAGCUGUGCCGAGAAGGUCAGAAGUUGCCGGAAGUCCAAGCGCUGCUCAAGAGCGACAUCAAGUUCGACGCGGUUUUCACAGAAAUCUUUGGAGCUGAUUGCGAUGUCGGUUUUGCAUAUCAUUUCAAGGCACCACUUUUGUCCAUUAUGUCCAGCUCACAUCUACCAUGGAGUUACGACCGUGUGGGUGGCCCUGACAACCCAUCCUAUAUACCAACGAUCGUGACUAGAGCGGUGGGAAAGAUGAACUUCCAAAUGCGUAUGAUCAACACCUUGUAUUACAUUUACUUCAAAUUGGCGUGGAUAUAUUACAGCGAGUGGCCUGCCGACAAGUUGCUGAAGGAGAACUUCGGACCGGACGUGCCGUACAUAAACGAUAUAGUGUACAACACGUCCAUGGUGUUCGUGAACGGACACUUUUCAUUGGAUGGACCCCGACCACUGGUGCCAAACAUGGUGGAAAUCGGUGGUGUACACAUCAAGCCACCGAGACCCUUGCCCAAGGACAUAUUGAAGUUUAUCGAAGAUUCACCCAAUGGAGUAAUGUUUUUCACCUUUGGUUCUUUGAUGCGUAUGUCUACACUGCCAAAACACGUAUUGCAAAUGUUCAAAGAGGUGUUUGCCAAGCUACCCAUUAGAGUGCUGUGGAAAUAUGAAGAAGAUAUGCCGGACAAGCCCGACAACGUGUACAUAAGCAAAUGGAUGCCUCAACGAGACAUUCUGGAACAUCCCAAAACUCGAUUGUUCAUGACCCACGGUGGACUUUUGGGCAUUAUGGAGGCCGUGUAUACUGCUACGCCGAUUAUAGGUGUUCCGUUUUUUUUCGAUCAGCCUAGAAACAUAUUGAAACUAGUCGAACAGGGUUCUGGUAUAUUGUUGGAAUACGAAACGAUGAACAGUGAUAUUUUAUACGACGCUAUAACAAAGAUAGUGGGAAAUGAAAGUUAUGCUUUAAAUGCCAAAAAACUAUCGAACAGAUUCAAAGACAGGCCGAUGAACGCAACGGAAUCCGCCGUUUAUUGGACGGAAUACGUGAUAAGGCACAAAGGGGCGAAACAUUUGAGGACUGCGGCCGUCGGAAUGCCAUGGUGGAAGUACUACUUGGUCGACGUCAUUAGUUUUAUCUUGUUGGUAAUUUUCAGUGUGCUGUACACAAUUUACUUUGUACUGAAAACCAUUUACAAAAAAUUGUGUAAAAAACCGUCACCCAAAAAAAAGGAGAAGAAGAAUUAAAAA